ACGAAGUUUGCCGGGACCACUAGUUUGCAAUAUUUUCUUAUGUUCCGUUGCCACCUUAAUCUGACCAAUUUUCUCUGUAAAAUGUGUGCUUCUUAUCUGUAUCAUUCACCAUAUUCAAAGUGCAUUGCACUGUAUCGCCAGUACAUAAUCAUUAUUUUAUACAGAACAAACAUUUUCGAUCAGUUCUUUCUUGGCCACCACCUGAAGCACUUCUCAAACAUGAUUAAGCUUCUGUCCUGCCUUCUACUGGCGUUAAUUUUUUCGACUGCAUAUUCCACGACGUAUACCAAAAGUCAAGUGAGAGAAAUAUUUGCCGCUGGUAAGGAAUGCAUGCGGAGUCUAAACAUCCCAAUGACUUCAGAUAUCAUCGAACGCGUGCUGUACAAUCGAGAUGUGGUCAAGGACGAGGAAACUUUGAAAUACUUCGAUUGUGGCUGCAAAAAACUAGGCUGGGUAGACAACGAAGGAAAUGUUCUGAUGUCACCGAUGGUUGAAUUCUUCUCACGGAACGUUCCCAGGAAAGCGGUGGAAGAAGUGCUGGAGAAAUGCAAAACUUUCUUCGAUGGCGCCAAUGUGGGCGAGAAAAUGUUUAACUUUCAUCAGUGCUUUUUCGAACAAAAGAAGUUUUAAUAAAUGAUGUGUAUUGAACAGAAUAUUAACGAUCUUUUAUGAGAUUGCUAUUAUUCAUGUUUUCUCUUCUUUAUUUUUCUUUUCUGGCGUUACGUCCUAACUGGAACAGAGCAUGUUUUCCAGCAUAGUGUACUUGUAAGUAGUGGUCUUAGUGUUCUAAUAAACUACUAUU